GACAUGGGACUUAUGGAGGAACCAGACACCACUGUGGAGCCCCUUUUCUGUGGCCAACUUGAGCUUGCUCAUCCCAAGUGCAUUCUGCACCAACUGAGGCCUAUUAAGCGUGUUGCUUUUGAAGGGCCUGUAACAGGAAGGCGUUUCUAUGGCUGCCCAGUCCAGGAAAAUGGUGUGAAUUGUGGUGUUGUAGAGUGGGUUGAUGGGCCUUGGCCAACUGUUCUUCAGAGAUGUUUGUGCAAACUAUGGGAGAUGUUCCAUGAGCAGAACUUUGGAAGGGUACAGGACAAGGAGAAGUUUGAGAAGGAGUUGGCCAGGCUUAAGAGUGAACAUCAAAGGGAGUUGGCCAAGCUUAGGACUGAAAAUGACAAGCUUUGCAUUGAGUACACCAAGCUUGUUGAUGAUGUAUCCAAGAUGUUUGAUUGGCAGGAUGGUAGGGUGGACAAGAAGGUGUACCAGAAACAAGUGGAGGAGGAAGAACUUGAGAAGAAGAAGGAGUUAGAGGAGAAAGCUAUGUUGGAGGUGCAGAUGGAAAAGCUCAAACUUGCAAAAGAGCAGAGGUGCAUUUUGCAGAGCCAAGCUGAUAUCAUCAAGAACACCAGGAAGGCUAUGAAGGCUGUUGAAGUUGACAAAGAUGUUCUUAAGAAGGAGAAGGCAAAGCUUGAGCUUGUGGUUGCUGAGCUGCUGAAAGAAGGGUAUGGCAGCAAGGAGAAGUUAGAGCAAAUCAAGGCCAUCCUUGAGUCUUGAAGCUUGAUCUUGGUGAAGUAAGUACAUCCAAAGGCCUUUAUAUAAGGAUGUGGCCUGGCAUGACUGCAAGUGAUUAUGGGUGUACAUUUUGGGGGAAUGUGAAGUUUAACCUAGUGCAAGAACCUUAUUUCCUAUGUUGUUAAGUUGUAAUGGAUCACCUAUUAAGUAGUGCAAAUGGAUCUCUUAUGCUACUAAGUUGUGGAAAUGUAGAAUGUAUGCUAUUAAGUGUUCAACUUGAUCUUAUAUCUUUUAUAUGUUAUUUGUUAGCCUACUAAUAUUA